AUGGGAAUCCCACGCCUGUCGCAGGACCUCCAGCCUUAUAUGGAGCGAGUCAUCCUAGGCAAGACUGUACAAACAAGCCCGCCACAUGAUGCUACUAACAUACACUCCCUGAUCCUCGACGGUCCGUCAAUCGUCUACUAUGUAUACAACAAACUACUAGCCUACAAGACGGUUGGCUCGUCCACAAGCACAGCAGCGGCCGUACCGGUGCCGACGUACGAGGAGAUCAACCAAGCCUCUCACCGUUUCCUGGACCAACUCACCAGCCAUGGCCUGGAGAUUGAAAACAUAUUCUUCGACGGCGGGCUACCUCAGGCGAAGCGGGACACCCGACUCACCCGCAUGGAACGGCUUCGACAGCAGCUCGACGCCUACCGAAAAGCGCACCCGGAAUCCUUCCCCAUCGUGAGUUCUCGACUACUGCAACAUCAACAUGUCGAUCUCGACAAAGCGCUAUGGAACACAUCAGUCAUGGCGACGAGGAAGGCGAGUCUACCAGCGCCGCCGUUCAUGGUGGCAAGUGUCAUUGAGUCUCUACGAGGGAGUCCUCAAUGGGGUGAUAAAGUCCAGCUCGUCCCCGGCGAGGCGGACCUGUUUUGCGCCCUCGCUGCAAAGGAAUCCGGCGCCGCGAUCCUCACCAACGACUCCGACCUGGCAGUCCACGAUCUGGGCUCUGAAGGACGUAUCGUUCUCUUACAAUCUAUCGAGAAACAGUCGAUAGUGGUGACGCCGACGCCGACUUCACCGAAAGAGACCAUCGUCACUGCAUUGGCGCUAAAUCCGAGCCAUAUGGCGGAAAGGCUGGACGUGACUUCCCUCCUCAGGUUCGGGUUCGAGAGGUCCAUCGACCACAGCCUGUCUGUAUCUAUGGUCAGAGAGCGAGCGCGGGACGAUUCCCGAUUGGAGAAGUAUCGUGCCGAAUAUGCACUCUUUGCAGAACAAUACCUCGCUUCUCCAGCUGCUGCUGGGCCAGUUCGCGUGUCCCCUGCAGCCUUGAAUGCGACCUGCAUCGACCCGCGAACCGCCGAGUUGAUAGUGGAUAUCGCAGACACGCCGCAUAUCUACCUGACUCCACUGGUCGAGGAUCCUUCACGGGACUCAUCCUGGUCGUACGGCGUGGAGAUACGACAACUGGCAUACUCGUUGCUCGCGACCGUCAAUGCGAAGACGGAAGGGGUUACGAAGUCUCAAAUCGUGACCGAAUAUGCCAGGAAGGGACAAAGGAUUGCUGCAACGAAAGUCACAGCCUUAAGUAUAGCCAAGAAUCAUGAUCGGGUCAGGGAAACGCUCGGGCUCCUGCAAAACUGCGUCUCGUCUUCGACAGACAACAAGUCCAUUCUGAGCUGGUACAUUCUAGCAAUCCGCAUCAUCUACCAGCAGAAGGUUGACGCAGGUAAAAAUGUCCCUACACUCUCACAGACGCUACAUCUCUUGGGCCUGACAGCUUCGUCGAAAAUUCCUGUUUCAUGGGAUGAGAUCCAUCUUCUCGCCAACGCCCAUGCUGUCCUAUAUUCGUGUCGCAUGCUCAAACAAAUCAUGAGGUACGUUCUAGACCACCGAAAACAGACGUCAGGAACACCCUUCUACGAUCAAGGCAGUCCUGCUGUCUCAGAGGAUCAUAGCCUCUCGCCGGGGUGGGAUGACGAUCUUGCCGAACCCAUGGAUCAACUGUAUGAGAGAUUCGAGCUGAUGCCGAACAUCGAAGCGCUCUUCCUGGACGUUCCUCAUCUUCGUCGCCAGAUUAGACAGUUGGACCUGGAAACUCGGAACUAUGCCAUUACACAGCUGAAGGGCAUAACCGGUUUUCUGGACGAAACAGAACAGAGCCCUUCAUCACAAACAGACGAGGGUCUCGGCUCGGAUCAUGUACCCAGGUUCCACGAAGCCGGUGACAUAGAUCAGGACUGGGUCACGGCCAAACCGAAGAAGAAAAAGAGGAAAUUUGGACAGGAAUCCAAUGCAGCGACACCGUCAACACGACGCGCUAAUCCCUUCGACUUGCUAAUGGAAGACUGA